CGCAGCUAACCUGCUCUACUCCAACGCUAGGCUAGCCGCUUAGCUACGAGCGGCGGACAUGUUGUGCCAGUCCUCGCUGGGAUAAACAUCGGCGGCAGCAGGUGCUAACGGGGGCGACGACGUCGCGGGGGGGCCGCUGGACCACCAUGGACGCCGUCAACGCCUUCAACCAGGAGUUAUUCUCCUUAAUGGACUCUAAGCCGCCGAUAUCUCGCGCCAAGAUGAUCUCCAUCACCAAGUCGGCUAUUAAGGCAAUGAAACUCUACAAGCACGUGGUCCAGAUUGUGGAGAAGUUCAUUAAAAAGUGUAAGUCUGAGUACAAGGUGGCUGGCCUGUACGUGGUGGACUCCAUCGUCCGCCAGUCACGGCACCAGUUUGGUGCCGACAAGGACGUGUUUGGGCCUCGCUUCACUAAAAACAUUGUGGGCACCUUUGAGAACCUUUGCCUCUGCCCCCUGGAGGAUAGAAGUAAACUUGUGCGCGUACUGAACUUAUGGCAGAAGAACGGUGUGUUCAAGAGCAACGUCAUUCAGCCUCUUCUAGACAUGGCUGCAGGUACCGGCAGCGGCUCUGCGCCUUAUGCCGAGGACCCAGCGUCCUCUCCACCAACUCCGACCAAAGACCACGCAGAGAACUCUGCGGCGGCCCCUGUUGCGCCUUUGGAGAAGCAUGACCCCUUCACUGCAGUGGCACAGCUCUUCCAGUCCACGCAGGGUCAGCAGCUGCAGCAGAUGCUUCAGAACCUGCAACAGUCCACCCAAGCGGAACCUGCCUCUCAGCCUCCACCGUUCCCAGACACCCCAAGCGUUGCCCCCGUCUUCAGCAAUGCCCUCCCGCAUCCUCCCCAGGCUGCCCAGCAGAAGUCGGCAUUUGACAAGACGUUGUUGGAUCGUUUUGACUACGAUGACGAACCAGAAGCCGGAGACGAUGCCAAGGACGACGUCUCGCAGCCCUCUCUUAUGCAACAGCCUCCAGCCUUCCAGCAGCCUGUGAUGAACAUGACUCAGGACCUCUCGCAGCAGGGGUCUCUCCCACCUAAUGGCCAGCUCCCGGCUUACGGGUUAAUGCCAGGACAAAGCUUCCAAGGGAUGAUGCCGCCGAUGGGUCAAGCUCAACCAGGCCAGCCCUUCCCUGGUUCCGUGGGACCUCCUGGCUUCCAUGGAGUUUUCCCACCUCCUACACACUCGUCCCAGCAACAUCAGGAGCUGACUGUUGAUGCAGACCGUUCCUCCAUGAGGGAUGGCAGACAUGAUAAAAAAUCACGGUCAGAUUCAAGGUCCCCAAAAAGGAGACGAUCGCGAUCCAACUCCCGCACGCGUCGCUCUCGUCACCGGCGUUCCCGUUCCCGGGACCGACGCCACCUUUCCCCGCGCUCUCGUUCAGAGGAGCGCCGGGAGCGGGAACGCGAAAGGGAGCGGCGUCAAAAAGGCCUCCCACCGACUAAGAACGAAACACUCAGCAUCUGUAGUACGACUCUAUGGGUGGGCCAGCUGGACAAGAGGACUCAGCAGCAGGAUGUGGCAUCUUGGCUGGAGGAGUUCGGACAAAUUGAAUCCAUCAAUAUGAUCCCUCCGAGAGGAUGUGCCUACAUUGUCAUGAUCCACCGGGAGGAUGCCUUCAGGGCCCUGCAGAAGCUCAGUCGAGGCUCUUAUAAAGUCAACCAAAAAGCCAUCAAGAUAGCUUGGGCUCCAAAUAAGGGUAUCAGGGCCGAUUUGAAGCAGUUCUGGGAUGUGGAGCUGGGCGUUACCUACGUGCCCUGGUCCAAAGUCAGGGAAGAGCAACUGGAGGAGCUCAAGGAAGGAGGAAUCUUAGAUUUGGACACUUUAUCACCAGAGUGGAAGACAGUACGGAAAGCGCUGGAGAACCCAGAGGAACUCAACCACAAUGGUGGAUCUGAGUCGCAGCAGCCAGAUGAAGCCCGCGGUUUAGCUCCUCCUCCUUCUACGCAGGUUCCUCCGAUGCUCGGCAUGCCUUCGGUGCCGCCCCCUGGCUUCCCAGCUCCCAUAGGCAUCCCGCCACCUUCUUUUCCACCAGGAAUGCCCCCACCGCCAUUAUUCAGACCAGGGUUCAACCCCAUGCAGAUGCCACCAGGUUUCCCCCCACUUGGAGCCAUGCCCCUCUCCAUGCCACCUCUGCCGCCUUCCAAAGCCGAAGACAUGCCUCCGGUCAACAGGAAACACGGAGAGGAGAUCUCUGAUGCUCCCAACUUCUUCAAUAAUCAGAUGGGGGCCAUGUGUAACCAAGUGGGUGUCCCGCCAGGUGGCAGCAUUCAGACCCCGCCAGGCGGUCUGCUAGGAAACCGGCCCGGUAUGAUGCAGUUGCCGCGCCCCCCGGGCCCUCCUAUGCUGCACGCGCAACGCUUCCCGCCGCCACCCGUCCGGCCCCAUAUGGUGCCCAGGGGGCCCCCUCCGCCCAUGAUGCGCCACGACGGCCCUCCCCCCACGGGAUCUUUUCCGAUGCCUCACAGCAUGAGACCGCCUUUCCCGCCUCACGGUCCGCCCCCUCAGGGUCCGCCCCCUCACGGUCCACCCCUUCAGGGUCCGCCCCCUCAGGGUCUCCCCCCUCAAGGUCCCUCCUUGCCUCCUUUCAUCAGACCGGGCGCCCCUCGUCCGCCCAAUGACGAGGAUAGCCACCCUUUCCGUGGAGAGCGCCCAGGACUCAGGGAGUCAGAGCGAGGAUUUGGCGGCACAGCGAGGCGUCCAUUCGUUAGUGAUCGCUCAGACGCGAGGGACAGACUGGAGGAAAGUGGGUGGGAAAGAGACAGGCGGGACUGGCGAGACCGGGAGAAUGGCAGCAGGGAGGCCCGGGAGAAAGGGAAAGAAGGGGAGCGGCCUAAGAGGCGGGAGAGGGCCAGCCGGUGGGACCGCGACGACCGCUUGACGGGGCAAGAGAACACUGACAAGCUUCGGACCCCUAAUGCAUUGGCCGCAGAAACCGAAGCAUCUCAAAAGACCACUGUAUCGGCGCCUCCUCUUGCCCCGUCCCCGGAGACGCCGCCCCCUGUCGAAGCCAAACAGGGAGCUGCGUCAUAGAGGGCAUGCGCAAUUUCUCCUUCUAGCUGCAACUACACGAACUGCGACGUAUGCUUAGUGAACAAUGAUGCAUAUUUCCCCUUCCUGUACAUUGAGUGGGUGCAGCAUGGCCAUUUUACUUGUGCUUCUUUCAUCAUUUACCUAUUUAAUCAAGUUUGUAGUUUUUUUUUCCAACUUCAUCUUUUACAGCCACUCCAUCCCAAGCCACAUUUAGCAUUUUACUUUUUUAGGGGUUCAAUCAGCGAUUAUUUUAAUGAUUAAUUUAUCAAGUAAUUGUUUUCAAUUAAUCAAACUAGAUCGCCACCCUAAUCCUUCCAUCAUUGUCUGCUGGCCUUACUGUGUAAGGAUUUUUUUUUAAACUUUGAAGCAACAAAUGAGCCUAAAAGAGGGCAUACAUGCAACAUAGUUUUUUUUUUUUUUUUUUUUUUUUUGCAAUCUGCUUUUGUUUGAACCGUUUUAGUACAAUUUUGUAUGUUUGGCCCUUCUAUACUUACCCAUAAAGAGGCUUAUAAAUAUAAAAAACACAUAAAAGUGUUAAAUAGGAUUUAAAAAAUGCUUAGAGGAGAUGCAAAAGGCCAAACGUUAGACACGUUACUCCAAAUAAAUAUUACACCAUAAAUAUUUUUUUUUUUUACAGUUUGCAUUGAAUACAGUUUGUCAAAUAAUAAUGACCAUUUUUAAAACUGAAAAAUCUAUAGAUAUUUUUUAAACCUGAAAAACAUUGUCAAAAUGUCCUCUGUUGACUUUUGGGGAAAAAAAAUUAUACAUUUUUUAAAAAAUGGUCUAAAUGUCCUAAUAAAAGGACACGUGUCAACACCCAAACAGCAGGAAGGUUAAAACUGCACACGACUUUUUAAGUUAGAAAAUUAUUCAUUUUGGAUUUGUAAAGAUACUUUGCGGUCCCCCUUCACCAAAAUUCAAGAUUGGUAUUGAAUAGUUUAAAUUGGCCGAGGCAUUCCAAAUUAAAGUUCAUUUUCAAGUUAUUUCAAAGUAGUUUUAUUGCUGAUGUUUUUCCGCACACUUAUUUUUUGUUUUGCAUUGACGAACUGCAACAUCUGUAAUUCUUGCCCCAAUACUUGAAUAAGUUGACUUCCUUGAAUCCUGAAGGAAAACUGAGUCGAGCUACAGCUCAGUCUCUUCACUGUAAAUAUGCUUCUCACUGUAACUACUAUCCUAGAGAGAGAUCAUUCUAACAGUUUGUCAUUCGGGAGGACAGCGUCAGAAGGUAUUGCGACUUUUGCUUUAAACUCUUUGGUUGUGUGAACAUUUUUGUUAGCCCUACAAAAAGACAUGGAUGUAAACUUCCGCAUUGCAGCCACAAAAAUGUGUUUUUAAUAAAUA